AUGGAGUUGGAGUUGGAGUUGGAGUUGGGAGGCUUGAGCCACCUCUUUGUGUCAUUCUUUCUGUAUAACUUGGCUUCGAUAUUGGUGCUUCCAGCAAUUACAGACGUGACAAUGGCGGCAAUUUGCCCCGGCGAAAAUGAAUGUUCACUCGCCAUUUACCUCUCCGGAUUGCAACAGGCGAUUGUAGGAGUGGGAAUGGCGGUGAUGGUGCCGUUAAUUGGAAAGCUAUCUGAUUUGUAUGGGAGGAAAACAUUACUAACAAUUCCCUUCAUUCUCUCCAUUAUUCCACUAGACAAUAUUUCAGAGGAAAAGCGAAUUUCAGCAUUUGGAGUUUUAUCUGGCAUAGGAGCCGCUGCAUUCAUAUUGGGUACAUUAGCUGCUCGCUUGCUCUCCGGUGCUCAGGCAUUUCGGGUUAUAUUCCUUUGCCAUACGUUUUUAUUGGAUGAAAAGUGGAAAUACGCUGUGGCAGUGGCUGCACUCAUCUACAUGAGAGUUUUUCUAAAGGACACAAGGUGCCACCAUGAUGCUUCUUCAGUGCAACCAAAUGAUGCUUUGGUGCAUCCAAUCUUGCAGAGUGGAUCAGAUAUCAUUCAGUCUGAUGAUGAAUCAUCUAAGAAGAUACAGAUCUUCAAAAGAAUUCCAUCACCCGGCGCUUGCUCAAGAGUAGUAUUUCAAUUCAACAAAAACCAGUUUGCCGAUAUAAUUCUGAUUAUGAGCAUUGCAGCGACUAUUUCACAGCUGCUUCUCAUGCCGACGUUGGCUCCUAUCGUAGGAGAUGAGGAGAAAUUGCUUUCCACAGGACUGUUUGUUGGAUCUUUGGCUGUAUAUGCUUGUACCACUCGGGAACUAGUUGUUUUCUAG